AUUUCUCUGCCGCAAACAUUCCCGUAUUGCCACAAAUAUAUUUUGAGUAAAAAAAAAAAGCAUAAGAAAAUAUUUUGUACAAGAAACGUAACUGAAAAUAAUUUAAGCUGCGAAAAAAGUGAAAAAAUAUAAAAAACCAAUAUGUCCGAACAAGAGGAAAACGAGGAGGAAACGGAAGCUGAGGUAGUGCAAAGGGAAGAGCCAACAUUUGGCGAGCACAUCAUCGAUUUGAGUCAUUCAUUCGGUUACGACUGCAAGCGUUUUUUCAAUCUGGUGCUGCUCGGUGAAAAUACGCUGAUUUUCGCGUCCGGCGAUUAUUUGCAUUACUUUGAUAUACCUACGCGUACGGUAACAUUUCGCAAGACCGUUUUCGGCGGUGGCAUUGGUUUUAUAACGCGCAACGAACAUCCCGACUUCAUCGAUCUCUUUACCGUUGCCGAGAAUGGUGUACGGCCGACCAUCUUCAUAUACGAAUAUCCCUCGCAUGCGUUGCGCAUCAAGUUGGAGAAUGCGGCCAAGUCUUGCUUUACCUGCGGUUCGUACAAUUCGACCGGUGAGCUCUUCGCUUCACAAGCCGGCUAUCCCGAUUUUAUGCUCACGAUUUGGCGCUGGCAAACCGGCGAGGUGGUCUUACGCUCCAAAUCAUUUCAAAAUAAUAUAUUACAUGUACACUUUUCACACUUCAAUCCCAUACUGCUGGCAUCCUGCGGUCUUAGUCAUAUUAAAUUCUGGAAGAUGGCUAACACUUUCACUGGGCUGAAGUUAAAGGGAGAAUUGGGUCGUUUCGGCAAGACGGACUUCAGUGAUAUUUGUGCAAUUUAUAUGCUAUCCGACGAGAAUGUAAUCUCCGGUUGUGAGUGGGGUAAUAUACUGCUGUGGGAAGCCGGUUUGAUUAAGUUCGAAAUCACGCGUAAGGGACGCAAACCGUGUCAUACUAAACCGAUUACGCGCAUCACCAUGGAUGAGGGUGAGGUGACGACUGUCGGUAUGGAUGGUUAUGUGCGCAUUUGGUAUUGGGAAACCGUCGAUUUGGCUGAUCCGCCGGAUGAUGAUCGUUUUGUGGAGAUUGAACCGAUUUAUGAAUUCAAAGUUGGGGACUGUGAAAUACGUGGCCUGCAGAAGAUUAAACCUUUCGAUAAAAAAGAUUUUAGCUAUUAUGCGCAGGACGGCAACGGCGGCAUUUGGUUCUGCGACCUAAACACCUACGAUGUGCCCAAAACGCCGAAAAAGCUUUACAACUGUCAUGGCGGUAAAGUCAUAGCGGCACAAGCGAGUCCCGUCUCAACACAUCUCAUGACCAUGGGUGAGGAUGGAAAAAUGUUUCUCUUCAAUUAUAUAACGAACACUUUGGUGUUGGAGAAGAAGUUCAUUUCACCGGGUAGUGAUUUUAUUUGGUUCUCUACGAAAGUCUCCAGCACCGGUUUGGAUUUGGUUGCCGGCUUCAAGGAUGGCAUACUGCGGCAGCUGGUGUUGGAUAUGCGUAAUGAAAAACAGAUAGAACUGCAUUUGGUGCGUGCGAUUAAGGCACACAUUGGUCCGAUAACCAAGUUGGCCAUUAAUCCACGGCACACAUGUCUGGUGGUGUCCUCCGCUGACAAAUCCAUAUUUGUCUAUAAUAUUAAGGAUAAAGAAAAUAAUAUGGUAAAUUUGAAACCGAUGGGUUUUGUGGUGCUCGACGCUGUGGUGAAUUGCUUCAAUUGGAAGAACGAUGAGUUCUCGACAGUUUUGAUGGGUUGCAAAACGGGUGAGGUGUACGAGUAUCAAAUUCCCGGUCGCGUCACAGACGAACAAACUUUUCUCACCUACAACAUCACCGAUGUGCAAAAAUUGAAGUCCACACGCUUUGUGUCUGUGAAGAGCCGUAUAAGGAGAGAUCAAAAGCGCGAAAAGAUAAAGAAGCGUAAAGAGAAGAAACGUCAACGGAAAUUAGUGGAAAUUGAUAAAUUGAAGGCCGCCAAUCCAGGUUUGCAAAUUGAUCUGGAGACCGCCUUGGCCGAUUCGGAACCCGAUGAAGAGGAAGAACCUUUACACAUACCAGUUGUGCCGAAUCCAGUGAUUUGGCUGCGAUAUACACGUGACAGCACCAUUUGGGUGUCGAUGGGCGGCUACGAUGCUGGUUACAUUUAUGAGCUGAUUUUUGGCUAUGCGGAGCCCUAUAAGUGCACUGUGAUUACGGACGGUGAUGAUUGCGAAAUACACUCUUACUUGACCAUUGAGGACUACUUGAUAUUCGGUUUAGUGAAUGGAAAAUUGCGCAUAAACCGUACGCUGUCCAAUGAUUUUACCGAUUUGCGAGAUUAUCGUCUGUUUCCGAUGCAUGAUUCCCAUAACGGGAUUAUAACGCGCAUAUUACCUAGUUAUGAUGGAAACUACUUAUUCACUGUUGGUCACGAUGGUAAUAUAUUCUGCUAUAAUUGGCAUGGACCGAAAGUGGCGCAUGGUGGUCCCUUGGAAGUGGUUGCUUAUGCUAACCUUAAAGAUUUACGCGCCGAUGAUAUAGACGAUCCUGAAUUUCCAUCAUUGGAGCAAGAGAAAAUCUAUGCCGAGAUCAAACGCAAAGAGGAAGCAGCUCUCGCACAUGAUCGUAAAGUGCUGGCACAAAUCGGUGAAUUACAAGUGAAAUUUAAUGAUAUUAAAGACGAUAUGUCGACACUAGAAGAGGAACUGAUAUUGCCGCAUAAAAAUCUUUUGCUCGACGAACGCAUUACCAAGCAAAUUCGGGAUGAACUGCAGGCAGAAUUGGAUGAUGUACGCGACGAUCUGGCAUACGAUCUCGAGGUGGCAGAGGUGGGCAAGAAUAAAUUGUACGAUCACUUUCUAAAGAACUUGGAUCAUGUGCCGAUCACUGUGAGUGGCAUUAGCAAAGAUAUAAAAGUGUCUUCAUUUCGUGUGGAAAAACUCGGUGAAGCAUUCCAAAAAAUCAAAGACGAGAUCGAGGAACGUUUAAGAGCCGAGGCGGCCAAGCGCAGCGCGGAAGAAACGAAAGUUCCAACACAAACUGAAUCCAUCGCACCCAUUGUUGCGGAAGAGAAGGAACCCAGCAUGCCAGAGCCAGGUGUAGAAAAUUUCUUCUUUGGUCGUGAUCCCAACACGAUAAUACCACGCUUCAGUAAGAAAAUGUUGCGCUUGUUGCGACGUUAUCGCUCUCGUCAAAUAUAUGAAGUCGAGCGCAUUUAUACUUGGGAGCAAAUGGAACUUUGUAAACCCGAUCCGAAGAAAAAUCAUCCAGAAGAUGAACGAAAAAUCGCCGACGCUGAAAGAAAUUUGGGUGACUACAAGCUUAAAAUUGGUUUCGACUAUGAGCCGCGUACUAACGAAUCGCUAACUUAUAAAUAUAUUGAAUUGGUGAAUGCCAGACAGGCGCAUUACCUAACUUUGGAUCACUUUAAUAGAGAACUAUUCCAAUUGCGCAAACGUAAAUGGUACUUGUAUGAGUAUAUAGAAGAAUCGCGCAAGCGUUUGAAACGUUUACAUGCAUUUUUACCGUUAGCAAAUCGCGAAUAUUUGAUACCCAUCAGAGAAAUCAAUAUGAAGGAAGAGUAUCCGGAGCGUAAUCUUGACGAGCAUUGUAAACCUGGCUGUGGCAUUGACAUUAAGGAUAUACUAUAUGUGGAGAAAAAAGUUGAUGACCUCUUACCACAACCGAAGACUACAGCUAAGGAGGUGAAACUUUCGGUACGCGAUAAGAUCGAACAGUCAUUGUACAAGUCUUUGCAUGCAUUCGAAGUGGACGAGUUGCCCGACAUAAAGGAUAUAUUAAGCGAAAUUGACAGUUAUCCCGGUUUCACAGAGCCGGAAUUCUUCGAGCGUAACGAGGAGGGUUUUGCGCCAUGGGUAUCUGUUGUGCGCUACCAAUGGCUAAUCGAUUUGAGAGAUGAGCAAAGCGGUUUGGUGUUGAAGGUAAAGAAUCGUGUUAAGGACUUCGAUAAGGAUCUGCUUGAAAUGAUUGCGUUACGUUGUAAAUGUUUCUACGAGUCUGAGUUUAUGCACUGCUACAUGAUAACAUUAAAUCAAGAAUUGAAUAUUUUGCGUGACAGCGAAGAGAUUGAGAAUCAAUUGCUGUUCAAUGCCGAUGAAGCAAUGAAGACGCGCAAUGAAAUGCAAGCGGUAAUAAAUACGAAAAAUCGCCAAAUUGAAGACUUCAAAAAGAUUGCCGAUAAACUGAACGAACAAAUAUUGUCGGUCCAGCAGAAAUUCAUGAGCACUUGCAAGGGCCAUAAGUUUUUCGAUUUCUUGCGGCGUAUAUUUAAGAAGCGAUGGCGACCACCGAAACCACCGAAGGCCGACGAUGAAUCAUCUGAGUCUUCGUCGAGCGCAGAAUCGUCCAGUGAGGACGAGGACGCCGAUGCUAAAAGUAUCGAUUCAACCGAUAUGACGACGAUUCGGCUGGACGAAAGUCAUUGCCCUUCUGGACUUGAACGCAGCACAUACGAUUUGGCUUUUCAGCUACGCUCGGAGCGACAUGCUCUAGAAAAGGUAAUGAUGGAGACACAGAAGGGUAUUGAUCAGCGACGCGCGGAUGUAGCUGAGCUGCAUAAGAAAAUGAAAUACCACGAAGAGGUCUAUGCGCAAGAGAAGGAAACUUUGCUGGUGUUUCGGCGAAAACGGCAGCAGGAGUUGAAUAAGAUUAAAAUCUCCGUAAUAUUGUCGAUGGACCAAUUACAACAUUUCAAAUCCAGUGAUAAUUAUCUCGACCUAAGUCGUGCCAUACUUUUCGAUGCCAAUCGUUUAAUUGCGCUUAAAGAUCGUGUAGCCCAAUUAAAUGACGAAACGCAA